CCAUACCCAGGUCGAGGACCGGCUUUUGGUGGCGCUUGAUAAAAAUUGAGGCGUGAAUUCCUCAGGAAUGUUGAACGUGAUCGCUGUCCGACUUUUUGCUAGUACCAAACACGACUGAAGGAUACCGAUACUAAUGAAACAUUACGACAUUGGGGUAUUUUGGACUGACACGAAAAGAUGUUUACUCCAAAAUAAUGCAAUACCAGUACUGUACAACUAAGAUAAGAUCAUUAUUGUUGUAUUCUAUAGCAGGGUAGUUUAUAGCACGCAUGGCGCAUGGAGUAGCAUGGAGCGCAGAGCUUUAAGCGGCGCAAGAAGCUCCCCCUUUAGCUCCAUGCUACUCCAUGUGAUCCAUGCACUCCAUGCCAUGCGAGCCGUGAAACCUUACAAAUUGCUCUGCUAUAGCCGCAGCCCUUGUAGAUGAAAAAGCUAUAUUACUUACUUUAUCAAGUAGCACAGAUGAAGAAAAUGAAAUUCUUGCAGAACUUCUUUAUUGGAGAAUAGAGGUAGAUGAUUGAUAUGAUUUCGCGCUUCAUACCACGGUCGUUACAGCAUGAAUAUUAAGUUGGAAACUAAAUUGAAAAAAAUUGAAUUUGGAAAGUGCUCCUUUCUUGUUUACUUGGGAUUUUCCGCUUUCAGGUUCGCAUGGGAAGAUCAUCUUCCGAAGAUGUAAGAUCACCGGGAACAUAAUUCAUUUUCAUCUUAGGCAUCUUGUUACCUUUAUGGCUCGUUUGAAUUUGUGGUGUUUCAUCUAUCUUCUAGUAGCUAAUGCUAUUGCUACAUUUCCAACAUUAUGCAUUACGCAGAUGAAGAAUGGAUGAAGUAGGUUCAUCGAAGAUAUUCAUGUCAAUCUUUAUCUUUAUGAGUACAUCUUUCAUGCGGCACCGACCACGACCUCCCCGGUGAUUGUGAUCGUAGGUCGUCGUGGUCGUGCCACCAACAAAUAUUAAAGCAAGGCAAAUCAUUUUUAGCCUUUUGUUUACAAUUACGACGAAGCGAUCAUCAGCACUGUUUCGACAUACA